UUUGCACAGGACAUCGCCGCGGGCAUGGCCUACCUGCACAGCCGCGACUACAUCCACGGUGACCUGCGGUCCCCCAACGUGUUCGUGACGGAGGACGGCCACCUCAAGAUCGGCGAUUUCGGCUUCGCACGCAUCCUGGGCAAGGCUCAGAACCAAGUGGUGCGGGCCAGGCUCACCAACCCACGCUGGCAGGCGCCCGAGGUGUACGACAUGGUGGAUCCCAUCGCCACCACGGCCGCUGACGUGUACAGCUUCGGCAUCAUUAUGUACGAGAUGCUGACG